UCAGUUUUAUCUCCAUUGCGCAAUACCACACCACACCACAGCAACAAGCUUUACCAUAACUAGAAUGGCAACGAUAGCUGGUCUUAACCUCUCAACACCUAGAGUCUUAGCUAAGGCAACAGACAAACCAAGAGCUCAGCCCCUCAUCAAGUUAAACCAGCCAUGGAGGAGGACAUACCACCUGGGGUCCGGGCGCAUGCAAAUCCGACCCGUGAGGGCUGCCCCUGAUAGCAUAUCAGAGAAGGUUGAAAAGAGCAUAAAAGAUGCAGAGGCGGCGUGCUCCGAUGAUGCAGCAAGUGGAGAAUGCGCAGCCGCAUGGGAUGAAGUGGAGGAGUUGAGUGCUGCUGCUAGCCAUGCCAAGGACAAGAAGAAGGGGUCUGACCCUUUGGAGGAGUACUGCAAGGACAACCCUGAGACAGAUGAGUGCCGCACUUAUGAAGAUUGAAAUGGUUUUUACUUUAUGUGCCUUUUUCAAUGAUCAAACUUUAGAUAUUUUUAUUAAUUUUGGUUUAUGUAACGCUGGAGAUGCUGUAUGGUGUCUAUUAUAUAUGAUGUUCUAUUAAUUAGCACAUACUCUUAUACCCUACCUUCGUCAAAGAUAAAUUUGGUGAUUAAUUAUUA